AUGAAUGACCUGAUUGUAUCAGAUGAGGCUAGCUGGAAGGACAGGAUGAAGGAGAUAUUUGACUUAGCUGGACGGCAUGUGGCUAUACAACAGCCCCAGUUGUUCCUUCGGCUUUCACAAAUACUGAUCCAGUUUAUUGCAUUGAGAGAGGUUCCAUUGAAUGUGGUGCAACUGAUUCAUCUACGUUUGCUAGAGUUUUACCAGAUGGAAUGUGCCCAAUCAGACCAACCAGUUGAAGCCAAGGCCUCAAGGGUUACAGAAACACUGAGACUGUAUGAAAAGAAAUACAAAGAGUGUAUAGGGAGGCUUACACCUGGGGAUUUCAAAACAAAUAUGAAUCCGUCAGAGAGCUUGACAAUUUUGUAUCAAUGCAGAAAGGACUGGUCAGAUUUGGCAUAUCACUUGCUGGUGAUUGGUCUCCUGAAGAUCAGAAAUCACUUUUUCUGUUCUGGAUUUCUGGUGAAGAAGAAUCCACAUCUACAAUUUGUUUUGGAAACUCAGUUGGUGCAGACCCAAUUUAUUGAACAGGUGAAGGCUAUAAAAUUUGCCACUCGUGACUAUCACCCAGUGGCACAUCUGUUUUCUACCAAUUCUAUCGCCAAGUUAAGGGAAUGGUCUGAGGUUGUGGAAGAUCACAUCAAGUCUCUUGCUGAUGUCAAUGACAGGAGAGUUUUAUGUUUACUUUCAACAAAUUUUGUCCAUGACUUCAGACUGAGGUUAUAUGCAACCCACAGUGUUCUCAAGGAUUUUGUUGCUGCACAGGAGCUGAUUAAACCAUAUGGAGUGGAGGUACCACAGAACAUGUGCAAGACUGAUCAAAUAAAGGUCAUCCGGUUCUGGUCAAUUAAUGUUGAGGUAUUCCUGAUGAUUAAAAGUCUUGAAAAGACAAAACCUAUCCAAAGAACUAUAGAAAGCUUGGUGGUGAAGGACUUUGAUGAGGUUUCCCAAAUUAUGAGGAAAUUUCUGGAUCAAGUUCCAGAGUUUUCCUGUUUGGUGAAUAAGCCUGCUCUGGUUCAGUUCCUACAGUACUACUUAAAGGCUACUGAAUCUGAUGAAAACAGAGCAAUUGUUGAAGAGGCUUUGAAAAAGUUCAUCAAAUCAGUUCAAAAGCAAUCAGCUAAAUGGAGAUAUCAUCUGAAAUCUACAGUAGGUUUAGUGCAAGGUUUCAAUCCACUUUCAAUUGUAAGACAGAUCCCCUCAAUCGGAAAACAAGAUGGAUGA